UUUGCUUUCACUUUCCUUGGUCAGAGUUCAGUCCUUUUGUAUUCAGAGUGUGCAAUCCAUUCCCCACAGGCACACUCUCAAAUCCCAUUUUAAUCCCUUGGUUUUAUUAACACUGGAGCCCCCGCAUCUGGCACCGAAGGAUGGAGAACCUUCCGGAUUGUGGUCCAGUUUAAUUCUCUGAAAAAGGCUGAUGGUGUGGAGGGACAUGUGCCUUUACAAUGACUCCAAUUCAGCAACCAUCACUUUUCAGUAAAAUACAUGCUGAACUUAAAAGGGAUUUAUGUGGAUAGUUUGCUGUACUGGGGCUUAUAACAGAUCAGCCCCUGUGACUCUUCGCACCUCAGCUACCAGAGGCAUGGAGCUACGGGAACAGCUCUUCAGCUGCUUGUUCUGUGCCAUACUCCUAGCAACAAUUCCCUUUUCAGAGAGUUUUGAAGUCAUCUCGUCCCCAGCUGUCACUGGGAUCGUCGGCCAGGAUGUGGUCUUACCCUGCCACAUCUCCACUGGGACGCAGCCGGCCAAUAUGGAAGUGCAAUGGAAGAGAAUUAUUCAGACACAUAUAGAGACUGUCUAUGAAUACAGAGCCCAGACGGGCCAGGAUGUGCCAGGGCAGAAAUACCAGGGCCGGACCGUGCUGUUGAAGGAUGGAUUCACCUCUGGGAAUGUGUCUUUAAAGCUGAAGAACGUCCGACCAGCCGAUGAGGGAACGUACAGCUGCAUUGUGAAGUCUAACGAGUGGAGCGCUGAUGCUGCAACCGAGCUUCAAAUUGCAGGUUGGUGA